AUGGAGCCGCCACACAUCACGGAGUUCGGGUCCAAACGGUACCUGGAAAAGCUCCAUCAGUCACAAGCCGCCAGCCAGUCCCAGGCGAACGCCACAUCGGCAGGGGCCGCCUUGGCCCAGUCUGAAUUCAUAUUACCUCUCCGAGGGGCAGAUCUAUUGCAGCCCGAGAAAUCACCCGUCAAACAGAAUGACCAGAGGCGCUCCGAGAAGAAGGGUUUCGGAUUCCUAAGGAACAAGUUUCACAGCAAGCAUCCUCCGCCUAUAGAUGAGGUCGUGACCGAACUUCCUGAGCUGCCAACAGCCAAAAGGAGGGUACCAUUUGAUAUUCUUUUUGCUGCUCUUCCAAACGAGCUGCAGGUGGAAAUCAUUGCGUCACUUCCGCUGUCGGAUGUGCUGAACCUGCGGUUGGCGUCGAGGGCUCUCCAUGCUCUCGUCUCGCUAAACGAGGCACCGAUUACUCGCUACCACCUCGAUCACCACGUGCCUGCGUAUGCCAAGCGACUUUACCCAGCUCCCCAGGGCGUCCCGCUGAAUUUUCACUAUCUCUGCGGAAUCUGGCAUCGGCUACACGUGGCCGCGAAACUGUCGUACCUGAUGUGCGAAUGGAUAUCCAAGGAGCUGUUCCUCAUGAACACCGAAGAGAAGAAGCGCGAGUUCGCACCACAAAGGGAACGGAUGAGACGGCGUCUUAUACCGGUGCUCUUCACCAUUUUCCACUUUUUUGAAACAUACCGAAAACUUCAUUUGAAGUAUCUCAACGAGCACGACGGAAACGGGCUGCUCAGGACACCGUACACUGCUAACCCCAUCGAAACCGAGAUCUUGAACAUGUAUGACGACCGAACCCUGCUUCGGGUCCACGAGGCAUUUCCCCUCGUAAUGUCAUCCUUUUGCAGACGCCUCCGUCCCCCGUCCUACGUCGGCCGAGUGGAGCGAUCAUUGAGAGGCUACCUGCGGGAGAAACCGCCUGACGAGGUGCAUGUUGCAAUGCUUUGCAUUGGGGGCUUGCGGCAGGUGGAGAGGAUAUGGGAAGUCAAGGGCUACAACACGCGGAGAGCAGCCGUGGACAGUUGGUAUGCUUCUCUCACGCAAGAUCCGAUCGAGUUGGAAACGAAGAAGCGGCGGGGCAUGUUGAGCUUGAAGCGCAAGAAAUCUUCCAUCGCUGUAGGGAAGACCAGCACGCAUGAGACCAACUCAGUCUCGAGGAACUCGAGCAGUUCGAAUAUCGUCCACGAAAAGCAGCCCGAGAACCUAGUUUUUGGCACCAGUCUAGCAGCCGGUAUGCCUAUGGGUCCGUUGGACAAGGAGGAGGCCAAAUUACUCCUGCCCGAUCUGCCGGCGCUCCAAAAGAUUUGGAUGGAAACCGCCGAGGCAAUGAUCUUGGACCGGAAGAUUGUGGAGCGGCCGUCAGACAUUCGCCGGAACGCCCAGAUUUUCACCGAAUUGAUCCGCGAGGAUGGCUACGAGGACGAAGACCAGUGGUUGUACGGCACGGUUGCGCCUGACUCGGUACGACCUAAUCUAGACGCCAUCGAGGAGGACCCUCUCGAGUGA